AGCGCGACCGCCAUUUUGAGCUUUCCCUCAGACUCAACACAUCACAAACCACGGGAGGAGUAGGUUCAGGCCAGCGUUGUGUGACCGGGCACAUUCCUCAAAACAGACGGGAGGUUAGUUCAAAAAUGCAACGAGGUGCAACGUUUUGUUAUUUAUCGUCGUAGGGCCGCUUCCGGGGGAAUUAUUGGCGAACUCUCGUCUCCGUGAACUUCCAAAUUGACGCUAACAUUAGUGGAAAUUGGUUUGAAUGGAUAGCUCUUUCCUCCGCUCUUCCCCGGUCGUUGGGCAGUCGGAGGAGCACUCAGACUGGGGAUAUCGCAGCCAAAGUUGUUGAUUGUCCGCAGCAAAUGAGCCUUUGUUUCCAUUAUUGCGCCUUUAUCGCCAUUUGGCUGCCUAGUGUCAGGUAGCUCCAGGCUAGUCAUAACCGGCUAUUUGUUCCUCAAGGUGCAAGUCGCGCUGCGAGUUGCCUUAUUGCCCCUCGUUUCCCGGGGUAAAGCCGGAUUGAUUUAGUUAAUUUUAACGGGUCUCCGUCUUCGGAGCCCCCGUCCAUCAGCGAGUUGCACCCACCAAAAGCGCCGAGAUUGGGCGAAUAGCGAGCAAAUACGUCCGCGUUUCUCUUCCCGCUCCCCAGCCGACCUCCCCUGCUCACUCCCCGGCGCUGACAGCGGACAAGGCCGAGGUCGUAACAGAGCAGGCCCGGCCGCCUAGGCUCGACCUGUCCACUCCACCUCCACGUCCCACCACACCUCACCAGCAGUCCAGAACCCGGUUCCACAACACCGAAUCGAGCCCGGACAAGGUCGAGGGUAACAAAGAUAGCAGGGAUAACCGCAUCACCACCACAACAACUGCCAACAUGAACCACCACCACACGCAGCAGCAACAGAAAGCCGGCGAGCAGCAGCUUAGUGAACCGGAGGACAUGGAGAUGGAAGCUGGGGACACAGACGACCCUCCAAGAAUUCCUGCUAACCCAGUGAUCAAUGGGAAUGUGGCCAUGGCAGACGGACACAACAACACAGAGGAAGACAUGGAGGACGACACCAGUUGGCGAUCAGAGGCGACGUUUCGGUUUGUGGUGGAACGUUUCAGUCGCCUGAGCGAAUCGGUCCUCAGCCCAGCCUGCUUUGUCCGGAACCUGCCCUGGAAGAUAAUGGUGAUGCCCCGGUUCUAUCCCGACCGGCCUCACCAGAAGAGCGUUGGCUUCUUCCUGCAGUGCAACGCAGAGUCCGACUCCACGUCGUGGUCUUGCCACGCACAAGCCAUGCUGAAGAUCAUCAACUAUAAAGAUGACGAGAAGUCUUUCAGUCGCAGGAUCAGUCACCUGUUCUUCCACAAAGAGAACGACUGGGGCUUCUCCAACUUCAUGUCCUGGAGCGAUGUGACUGAUCCAGAGAGGGGCUUCAUCGAUGACGACAAAGUCACGUUUGAAGUCUACGUCCAGGCAGACGCCCCACACGGAGUGGCCUGGGACUCUAAGAAACACACUGGCUACGUUGGACUAAAGAACCAGGGAGCAACUUGUUACAUGAACAGCCUGCUGCAGACGCUGUUCUUCACUAACCAGUUACGGCGGGCCGUCUACAUGAUGCCCACGGAAGGCGAUGACUCAUCGAAGAGCGUCCCCCUUGCGCUGCAGAGGGUUUUCUAUGAACUCCAGCACAGCGACAAACCCGUAGGCACCAAGAAGCUCACAAAGUCUUUUGGGUGGGAAACACUAGAUAGCUUCAUGCAGCACGACGUUCAGGAGCUGUGCAGAGUGCUCCUGGACAACGUGGAGAAUAAGAUGAAAGGCACUUGUGUUGAGGGAACCAUCCCUAAACUUUUCAGAGGAAAAAUGGUGUCGUAUAUCCAAUGUAAGCAUGUGGACUAUCGGUCUGAGCGGAUAGAGGACUACUAUGACAUCCAGCUUAGCAUAAAGGGAAAGAAGAACAUCUUCGAGUCAUUUAAAGAUUACGUUGCUACUGAACAGUUAGAUGGAGACAACAAAUACGAUGCAGGAGAACACGGCCUUCAGGAAGCAGAAAAGGGUGUGAAGUUCCUCACUUUUCCUCCGAUCCUUCACCUGCAGCUGAUGAGGUUCAUGUACGACCCACAGACCGACCAAAACAUCAAGAUUAACGACAGAUUUGAGUUUCCAGACCAGUUACCUCUGGAUGAGUUCCUCCAGAAGCCGGACUCCAAGGAUCCUGCCAACUACAUCCUGCAUGCGGUGUUAGUACACAGUGGGGACAACCACGGCGGUCACUACGUUGUCUAUCUCAACCCUAAAGGAGACGGCAAAGUGAGUGACAAGGAACCAAUAUGGUGUAAGUUUGACGACGACGUAGUUUCCCGGUGCACCAAGGAGGAGGCCAUAGAACACAACUACGGUGGGCAUGACGACGACCUGUCAGUCCGCCACUGCACCAACGCGUACAUGUUGGUCUACAUUCGUGAGUCCAAGCUGAGCGAGGUGCUCCAGCCCAUGACCGAUGUGGACAUCCCUCAGCAGCUGGUGGAGCGCCUGCAGGAGGAGAAGAGAGUGGAGGCGCAGAAGAGAAAAGAGCGCCAGGAGGCUCACCUCUACAUGCAGGUCCAGAUGGUGACAGAGGACCAGUUCUGUGGUCAUCAGGGCAAUGACAUGUACGACGAGGAGAAAGUCAAGUACACAGUGUUCAAGGUCCUGAAGAGCUCCACCUUGCAGGAGUUUGUCCAGAACCUGUCCCAGACCAUGGGUUUCCCACAGGAGCAGAUGAGGCUGUGGCCCAUGCAGGCCCGUAGCAACGGAACCAAGCGACCCGCCAUGCUCGACUACGAGGCUGACAGCAGCAAGCCGAUGAUCGACUUGAGCGACAACGAGAACCCCUGGACAAUUUUUCUGGAGACGGUGGAUCCAGAGUUGGCCGCCAGCGGGGCCACAUUACCCAAGUUUGACAAAGACCAUGAUGUCAUGUUGUUCUUGAAGAUGUACGACCCCAAAACCAGAAGCUUAAAUUAUUGUGGACAUAUCUACACACCUAUAUCCUGUAAAAUAAGAGACUUGCUGCUCAUCAUGUGUGAGAGAGCAGGGUUUCAGCGGGAAACGAGCCUUAUCCUCUAUGAGGAAGUAAAGCCCAAUCUAACGGAGCGGAUACAGGACUACGAUGUCUCUCUGGACAAGGCCCUGGAUGAGCUCAUGGACGGGGACAUAAUAGUCUUCCAGAAAGACGACACAGAGAACGACAGCAGUGAGCUGCCCACGGCCAAGGACUAUUUCCGGGAUCUCUACCACCGGGUGGACGUCAUUUUCUGCGACAAGACCAUCCACAACGACCCGGGCUUUGUGGUCACGCUCUCCAACCGCAUGAACUAUUUUCAGGUGGCUAAGACCGUUGCACAGCGGUUGAACACGGAUCCCAUGCUGCUGCAGUUCUUCAAGUCCCAGGGGUACAGGGACGGUCCAGGGAAUCCUCUCAGACACAACUAUGAUGGGACAUUGAGAGACCUGCUGCAGUUCUUCAAGCCUCGGCAGCCCAAGAAACUUUAUUACCAGCAGCUAAAGAUGAAGAUAACAGACUUUGAGAACAGGAGGAGUUUUAAAUCCAUAUGGCUCAACAGCCAGCUCAGAGAGGAGGAGAUCACCCUCUACCCUGACAAGCACGGCUGUGUGAGGGACCUGUUGGAAGAAUGUAAAAAGGUGGUGGAGCUGUCGGAAAGCGGCUCUGAGAAGCUCAGGCUGUUAGAGAUAGUAAGCUAUAAAAUCAUCGGGGUUCAUCAGGAGGACGAGCUGCUAGAAUGUUUAUCUCCUGCUGCCAGUCGCACCUUCAGAAUAGAGGAGAUUCCUCUGGACCAGGUGGACUUGGAUAAGGACACUGAAAUGUUAAUCCCAGUCGCUCAUUUCCAUAAGGAGGUCUUUGGCACCUUUGGGAUUCCCUUUUUGCUCAAGAUCAGACAGGGUGAGCCGUUUCGGGAGGUGAUGAGGAGGAUCCAGACCAUGCUGGACAUUCAGGAGAAAGAAUUUGAGAAGUUUAAGUUUGCGAUUGUGAUGAUGGGCCGACAUCAGUACAUCAAUGAAGACGAGUACGAGGUCAACCUGAAAGACUUUGAGCCUCAGCCAGGUAACAUGUCCCACCCGCGUCCCUGGCUAGGGUUGGAUCAUUUCAACAAAGCUCCAAAGAGAGGACGCUACACGUACCUGGAGAAAGCUAUCAAGAUCCACAACUAAAGCAAGGAACC